AUGUCUUCACGAUACCCCCCAUUAUCUGGGUUUAAUUCCCGCGACAGAUCUCCGCAGCGCUUCGGUGACCGUCGACCUCCUGCGGGCCCUCGAGGUUCUGAUGAUGCGAAUCUGCCCCCGCUGGGCCGAGAGCCGCCUCGGGGUCCAAAGGCAUUAAUUGAUCCUCCUCGGGGAGCUCCCUUUGGUGGUCGAGGUCGAGGAUAUCCGGGCCGUGGGGAUUUUCGGGAUCGGGAUCGGGAUCUUCGAGAUAGGGACAGAGACCGCGAUCGCGAUUUUCGAGAUGUUCGUGAUGGACCUCCUCCGUUCCGCCGUGAUCUUGACCGCGAUUGGGGUCGCCGCGACCGGGAUUUUGACCCCAGGGAUUCACGGAUCGGCUUUGGUCGCGGUCGCUCUCGUUCCCCGCCGCCUCCUCGCGACUUUCGCGAUAUGAGAGAACCUAUUGGGAGGGAUCCAGAUCUGGUGCGGAUGCGACGCGGUUCCAGAGACAGCCUUCUUUCAGUCUCAUCGACUACUGCCGACAUCCCAUCCUCAGGACCUGGUCACCACCCUCGUGGCGGGCCUAUGCGUGGUCGUGGGCGGGGUGAUUGGGAUGUCGGACGUGGGCGCGGCCGUAUCCCUUAUCUGGAUGAUCGUGACUCCUUUCGACGCCGAAGUCGUUCACGGGAUGGCCGAUGGGACCGUGACCGAGAAAGAGAUCGAAUUAUGGACCGAGAUAGGGACCGCGACCGUGACCGUGAUCGAGACCGCGACCGAGACCGAGACCGCGACCGCGAUCGUGAGAGAGAGCGUAUAAUGGACCGUGACCGAGAGAUCGAUCGCCGUGACCGCGAAAGAGACCGGGAGUUGGAUCGUCGUGAAAGAUUUGACCGUCGUGAUGAACUUGACCGACGUAUGGAACGCGACGAUCGAGAUAGACCUGCCGAUCUUUGGAAGAGAGAUCGGCCUCCGAGUCGCAAUGAAAAUCGUAUACCCAGCAUUUCAGCAGCACCGCCUGUUCCCCCAGCUCUCCAUACUGGCCCUGCAACAUCCGACCGAGUUCCCGACCAUCCUAACGUUGAACAGACUCGCAAACCAUCCAUAGCUGAGCCUCGGCGUGAACCCGAACGACCUGAGCCUGUUGCACCUCGCCCAGAGCCCCCCAAAGAAUUUCACACUCCUAUCAAGCGGUCGCCGCCUCCUGCGGCCCCGCAGGUCCCGGCCUUUGGCUCUGUUACCGCACCUAUCCCCGACUUGUCUGCAGAGAAGAGGCUGUCCGAUGCAGGUGCCGCGCCUCCAUCAGUCCCAAAGGUAGAGAAAGAGCAACAUGAACCUAUAUCACGCGGGCCUAUACAGCCUCCGACGGGUCCCAAAGCUUCCCGAACUUCUCCCCAGCAGCCGCUGGAGCAACGAAUUCGACGUGAUGAGACUCUGGACACUUCCACUAAACAUGAACCAGUGGCACGCACCUCCAAACCUCAUUCCGUCACACCCGCUAGUGCACAGAGGCAACCGGACCUUUCCCCACCCACUGCCCCAGCGGCUAUGACCAGCAAGGAGCCUCCAGCACCGCAAGUUGAGACGCCUUUGGCCAACAAGUCCGGGCCUAUCGUCAGCUCCCCAGAGCUUUCAGCAAGAGGCCCACCUUCAGCCAAUCGCGGAUCAUCGCCUGGUCCACACACAUCGCCUCUUAUGCACUCGUCAAGUAUCCCUACGGGCCCGCGUGCUCUUCAACAGCGACCAUCGGUAUCCCGUGGACCACCUAAAAGUAAUAAACAGUGGGUUCGUCCUGGCUACAGGGGCCCUCCUCCUGCGCCUAAUUCCACUGUCACUCCAAAGCGUGAUUCCAUAGAUGGAAAGGAGCGGGCGUUAUCUAUCAGUGAGGAACCGAAGCGAGAACAUCGCAUGUCAAUCGAUGACAGCACAUCGGGCCCCGAAGCUGGGGAGAUCGUCCCUGGAAAGGAGAUACAAGAAUCCAAGCGAGAGGCGUCGCCUGUAUCGUCCGAACGCCCCAAGCCUUCAACUGCCCGUGCUACUAGUCCCAACGUACCUCCUGCGGAAGAUGUAGGAGCUAAGGAGAAAACCACUGGAGGCAAAACCGAUGUCCUCAUCCCAGACUUUAGUCGGACUAGCGAUGAAGAUGAAGAUGAAAAUGUUGUUUUUACGCAAGAGUACCUAGAGGAGCGAAAGCGGACUUUCGAGAAGGACAUGCGAGCGUUGCGUGCAGAAUUACCUCCCUCGCCACUAGAAGAUCCGAAUAUUGUUGCACUGCUCAUGCGCAUUCAAUUGUUGGGAACAAUUGCCAAUGAUGUGGUUCCAGAGAGAGCUCCAACUCCGCCACCGCCGGCGACUAAAAAUGAAGCCGAAGACCGAGGGGAAGCAGUUGCUCCUCCUGAGGUCAAGCUGGAUAAGGAUGCCGAAGACCAGGAACCAUCAACCAAGAUGGUGCUGGAUUCACUCCCUGCAGCUGAUGCUGUCACCAUCGAGAGCCUGCCAUUCCUGAAUUCCGGCCCCCCGACUCCUCUUUCUGACCUUGAUAUUUACCAAGAAAAUGCCGCAGCCCACCAGUCAAUGAAGGAAGUCUUUCGGGGAGAGAUGAUGAAACGUCGGAAAGAGAUCGCCAGGAAGAACCUCGCGUUACAACACGAUUACGUAGAUUUGUACAAGGAAUGGCGACUCCGAGUACAUGAUCUGGAUCGUGCGAAAGAGAAGAAUUCACUGACGCCAGGCCCCGUGUCCCCUCCAGGCACUGCAAUAGCAACGCCUACUACCGCCGAAGGAAGGAGAUACAAGGGGAACAGUGAGCUUGACUUCCAGAAUGCUCUCCGAGCUUCUGAAAUCUCCGCCCAGGAGGAACUUGAACGGCGACGUGGGAACAAGGCCACUGCGCAGCCAGAUCUUUCUCGUGAGGCGGUAAUACCAGAUAUGCUCGAGUUGGACGAAGCAAAGGCACGUGUGUAUAAGGAUACGAAUAACGUAAUCGACCCUGAAAAGGCUAUGGAUGUCUUUGGAUUUAUCCCACCGCCCAACGACUUCUCCCCCGAGGAGCAUGAGAUUUUUACUGAUGCGUUCAUGGCUCAUCCGAAGAAAUGGGGUAAGAUUGCCGAAUCUUUGCCUGGGCGAGAUUUCCGGCAAUGUAUCAUCCAUUAUUAUCUUACGAAAGAAGAGAUUAAGUAUAAGGCCAAGCUCAACAAGCGCUGGAGUCGACGUGGUCGUGCCAGAAGGUCUGCCCGACCAAAGUCCAAUGCUCUCAUGGCUGAUUUGGGGGUUGUCAAGCCUGAUUAUGAAGGCGAGGAGGAGCCUGCUCCCGUUACAGAUACCGGCCGACCACGACGUGCUGCAGCACCCACCUUUGGCGACUCUUCUGCUGAUACGGAGCAUACUAGCAAUGGUCGUCGGGGAGUCAAGGAUGGCGAUCAGCCAGAGAAACCCGCUAGUCGACGAGGCCGUACCGGUGCAGGUUCUCGUGGAGGUCGACGUGGCAAAGUAGCUCAGCAACAACAGCAGCAACAACAACAGCAACAACUACAACUACAACAGCAACAGCAACAGCAACAACAACUACAGCUACAACAGCAGCAGUCACAGCCACAGCCACAGCAACUGCCACAACAAAUCCAGCCAGAGCAGCCGAUCCAGACUGUGACAAUGGCGCCGAUUGCACCUUCUGUUGGGACUAUCUCCAAACUGGAGGUGCCCGAACCAGCCACGGAUGGUGCGAACGAAGCGGCGAUGGUGCGACCCAGAGAGCAGUCCGAGAAACCGGUGGCAGAGGUGCCCCCACGGGCGAGGUCCGGACGUGGCCGUCAGAAAGAAGGAGUGUUGGUUUUUGAGUCCACGGAACAGGAAACUCCGACAACUAGCAGGCAGUCAGAGGUAGGGUAUGGGUCACUGCAGCCUACUAGCUACUGGUCUGUACCAGAACAGCGUGACUUUCCUCAACUACUGGCACACUUUGGUCGCGAUUUCGAAGGCAUAUCGAACUUCAUGAAGACGAAGACAACUGUGAUGGUCAAAAAUUACUUCCAGCGCCGCAUAGACUCCGGCCAGAAAGACUUCGAAGACAUCGUUGCGGAUGCGGAGCACAAAAAGGCUCGGGGAGAACGUACGGGUCCUUUGCCUGCUGCCCCCAACAUUGCCUCGAGACGGCGCUACGAAGCAACACCUUCAUCCAUCAUCAUGCCUCGCCCCCUUGCUCCACAUACAGAAGCUGCAGCGCCCGAGCCAGACGAGGCCCGAGUUGUGUCUAAGAGUAAGCAUACGGCACCAUCUCCGCAGACAGUACCCCUCCAUGCUCGACCUCCGCCAGAAAAGGAGCGUAAUGUUUCAAGGUAUCCACCACUCGCACAAGCCAGCACUCCGAUGGCCCCUGGGCCUGUUUUCAGCGAGGACUUUUCCAGGCUCGCGCUCAUCAGGCGAGCUUGCCACCACGCGCCCCAGGCCCACGUCUUGGAUAUUUCCAGGAAGAGAGACGAAACACCGAUUUCGGCUCGUCAAACUCCCGUGCCAGCGCCUGAUAUGGCACGUAUGGAGCCUAUCCAUUCUCAAGGAUACCGGACAUCGGGUGUUGAUGUACAUGGGUCACCUCUUCUCCCAACACAGGGCACACUACCAUCGACGCAACAGUCCUACAUGCAACAUCAGCCUCAGCCUUCGCUUAUGCCCACAGGAUCCCAUUCCCGCCAACCCAGUGGCACAAAGCCUCCCAGCUCACCAGCACAACCACUACAGAAGCAGGAGCAGGAUAUGUCCCCUAUCCGACACGACCAUAUCAGCCAAAGGUCAUAUUAUCCGCUACCUGGCCAGCAUGUGGGCUUGUCGCAACCACCGCCAGUCUUGUCGCCACCAAAAGAGGCCCUGCAGCCCGCACCAACUGCGGCUGAACCAGAGGCUCCUCGGCAAGUGCCAGCUAAGCGGUCAAAUAUCUUAAGCAUCCUGAAUGAUGAACCCGAAGAGCCUCAACCGCGUAAACGGUUCGCAAGUGACCAAGCCUCGAAUCCUGGAGGAACUGCAGCCUCUCCGUCGCGGCCAGUCUACACUGGGUCACAUUCGUACUCCCAAGCAGCGGCUGCGUCCCGUCAAGAGGAGACACAUUCCGCAAUGCCGACACAGAAAACUCCUGUAUAUGUUCAGCAAACCCAGUACCUACCGCCAUCCCGAGGUUACGUUGACUAUCAGUCUUAUACACCCGUUCCAGGCAGCUCGGGCGCUCCGGCUAACAAUGAUUGGAUGGCACGUUUUGAUCCUCGAGGCCAACAGCAGCAACAACAGCCGCCUCCGCCACACCAGCAGAGCAGUCGCUCCGGUGGAACACUGGCGCCACAACCCCCGUACUCACCUUACGCUUCGAAUCAAUCACUGUCAGGACCAGGCGCCUCUCUGCCAAACCUCAGUGCCCCAUCACCCGUUCCAACUCCCUCACCGGCUCCUUCUCAGCGCGCUUACCACACCAACGUCUAUGCACCAUCGCCAGUGACACAUGCACAGGCUGCAGCUGUCGGCUCGCGAGACUUGGGUGCACAGAACCAAGUUUUCCGCCCCACAAUCGGGUCUCCCACGUCCCGUGCUAAUGCCAUCGCCUAUGGUUCCCGCCAAGGCCCUCCCACUCCUAUUCAAUCUCCUGCCAAUUUGCUUGGGAUGUCGCGCCCUGCAGCAAGCGCGGCAUACGCUACACCAACAUCAGUAACUCCGGCACCGACGCAUGUGUCCGCACAGCAACAUCAUAGCGGCCAUCAGACCUACCAGCAACAUGUGCAAACAAUGGUUAGUGGAGCACACCAACAGCCACCGCAUAGAUCUGCGCUCGGUCUCGCUGGUGCACAUUACGGUCAUAAUACACCACCUCCGCAAGCUCAGGGCUCCCGGGCAGCAGGUCUAUCUGGGCCGCAGCAUCAGGCAAUGUCCAUGGGUCGUUCUUAUACUCCCCCGGCGAUUCUCCAACCAAACCCAGCAGGCGGGUUGAGCUAUGCUCCUGGUGGGCCUCAGGCAGUCGGUGUCCACCCCCUCCAGGCACGAGGUCAUGUAUCUGGGACUUUGAGCGAGGUUGUCCCUGGCCCUCAUGGGGCGCCAGGACACCAUCGGGUGUACAGUCAAGGGUCAAAUGCCGGGCCGCUCCCGGGGCCACUUACGCCACAGCACCCUUCUCGAUAG